CAAAAAGAAACCAGGAAGUAAGGAGAAAUUAUCACAGUCGGUUCAUAGCUCAGGAUGUUAAACGCAAUAGCCUCCGCUGGUUGGUUAUUCAUUAGCGAAAAAGAAAGAGCAGUGGGGGUCAGGACUGAUCAAACUACAGAGCCAGGCUUGAAGCAGGGAGAGAGCUCCUGGCGAAAGCAAGACGUGGAGAUCUUACCUGGAGUUAACACCUUUCUCUUGUUAACUUUUCCUUGGGACAAAAGGCAAGACGACUCUUUUCUGUUCUCAGACGUUUGUCUAAAUAAAGCCCUCUGAUUUUUAUUUUUGUUGUGGGAUUCCUAAGCAGACAAGAAGAAAAGGCGUCUUCCAACUGAGCAGCUGCUCAGCUCUCACUCUCUUGAGCUCCGGGGCAGCAGCCACGGCCACAGAAAGCAAGCCGGUGAGUCUCUCCAAGCAGGACUUGCCGCAGCCAGGUCUGCCGGACUGUUGCAAAACAGGGCUUUGCACACUCACCAAAGCCUGGUGAGUUGGUGCUGAUUUCAAAGUCGCCUGGUGGAGGAAGAGAACGUGGAUCUGCAGAGACUAAGGGGAGAAGGAGAAGCCACUCUCUCCUCCUCCCCACCAGGGCACCAUGGGCAACGUCUGCCUGAGGCUCCGGGGGUACUUGGAGCCCUGUCUCCCCUGCUUGUCCCGGGAGGCAGACAAGCCGGUAGUGAUUGAGAACCCAGGGGCCCGCCCCUCCCCUGAUGCUCCCCGGCCACAGAGGCGGGAGCCCGAGAGAAGCCGCUACUUUGUGGCACUGUUUGAUUACCAGGUUCGGACUGCAGAGGACCUGAGCUUCCGCGCGGGCGACAAGCUCCAAGUCCUGGACACUUCCCACGAGGGCUGGUGGUUCGCCAGGCACUUGGAGAGAAGGGCAGACGGCUCCGGCCAGCAACUGCAGGGCUAUAUUCCUUCUAACUACGUGGCUGAGGACAGGAGCCUCCAGGCAGAGCCGUGGUUCUUUGGAGCAAUCAAGAGAGCAGAUGCAGAAAAACAACUAUUAUAUUCAGAAAAUCAGACGGGCGCCUUUCUCAUCAGAGAAAGUGAAAGCCAGAAAGGAGAAUUCUCCCUCUCAGUUUUAGAUGAAGGGGUUGUGAAACACUACAGAAUCAGAAGACUGGACGCAGGGGGCUUUUUCCUCGCCCGAAGGCAAACCUUUUCAACACUGAAUGAGUUUGUGAGCCACUACACCAAGACAAGUGAUGGCCUGUGUGUCAAGCUGGGAAAACCAUGCUUAAAGAUAGAAGUCCCAACUCCUUUUGACUUGUCCUAUAAAACUGUGGACCAGUGGGAGAUCGACCGCAACUCCAUACAGCUUCUGAAGCGAUUAGGAUCCGGUCAGUUUGGCGAAGUGUGGGAAGGCCUGUGGAACAAUACCACUCCAGUAGCAGUAAAAACAUUAAAACCAGGUUCAAUGGAUCCAAAUGACUUCCUGAGGGAGGCACAGAUAAUGAAGAACUUGAGACAUCCAAAGCUUAUCCAGCUUUAUGCUGUUUGCACUUUAGAAGAUCCAAUUUAUAUUAUUACAGAGUUGAUGAGACAUGGAAGUCUGCUAGAAUAUCUCCAAAAUGACGCUGGAGCUAAAAUUCAUCUGACUCAGCAGGUAGACAUGGCAGCACAGGUUGCCUCUGGAAUGGCCUAUCUGGAGUCCCAGAACUACAUCCAUAGAGAUCUGGCUGCCAGAAAUGUCCUUGUUGGUGAACAUAAUAUCUACAAAGUGGCAGAUUUUGGACUUGCAAGAGUUUUUAAGGUAGAUAAUGAAGACAUCUAUGAAUCUAAACACGAAAUAAAGCUGCCGGUGAAGUGGACUGCGCCUGAAGCCAUUCGUACUAAUAAAUUCAGCAUUAAGUCCGAUGUGUGGUCAUUUGGAAUCCUUCUUUUUGAAAUCAUUACUUAUGGCAAAAUGCCUUAUAGUGGUAUGACAGGUACUCAGGUAAUCCAGAUGUUGGGUCAAAACUAUAGACUCCCUCAACCGUCUAACUGCCCACUGCAAUUCUACAACAUCAUGUUGGAGUGUUGGAAUGCAGAGCCUAAGGAACGGCCAACAUUUGAGACACUGCAGUGGAAACUUGAGGAUUAUUUUGAAACAGAAUCUUCAUAUUCAGAUACAGAUAACUUCGUAAGAUGAACACUGAAACACAUCAAAUAAUGAAGCAGCAAUAAAGUUCAAUAAUCAGACCCAAAAUGCAACCGUAUUAGCCAAUUGCGAAAUGAGAUUAUCUUGACAUAGUCAAGUGAUGGGGUAAAUUUGGCCACGUAUUAUAAAAAAGAUUAUUUGUGCAUUUUAUUGACUGGGCAACACUGCAGGGCAUUCUACGAUGAUUUAUCAUUUCCUCACGGCCUGACAAAAUGAAAUGCACUAAACAAAGUUAUUUUUCUUUUUAAAAGAUGCUUACAUUUCUAUUUAUUGCUUGAAAUGCCGAUCAAGAGGAUCAACAGAUGACAGUCAAUUUUUACUCAGUGACUGUUGUAGCAUUUUCCUGUUUACUGAUUAAAAUGGUUAUUCAUUAUUCCUUGGAUUGCUGAAUCCCAUCAGGCUGUUAUUAUGAAGGGAUUUGAUUGCUUUGCUGCACAGCAGGACCUGUGCUUUGAGAUUUUUUUUCUCUUUUAAAAUAUCCUGUAACUACAAUGAUAGUAAAACCAUGUUAAAUGACUUGAUUGUACUGGAAUAAUUGCACAUAUUUUUUUUCCUAUGCAUAAAAAAAUGAAGCAGCUGUUGAUAAAAAGAAUUAAAAUCUGUCUCAUUCUGUGGAAGGAAAUGAUGGAGUUUUUCUAUACCUCAGUUUGUGUCAUCUGAGAAUCAUCUAAAUUCCUUUUAAUCUCUUAAUGUUAGGAAUCAGAUUGUAAAGCUGAUGAGUUAUUAUCUAUGACAAUAUGCAAGAAACAUCUAAUAGCCUGCAAGAUCAGAGAAAUAGGUAUCAAAAUACUUUAGGAAAAUGAGAGGAGAGCAGUAGGAUGUUUUGGCCUAGGAUUUCUGAAUAAUUAAAAAAAUGUACCUUUGACAUAAAGGCCAGAGUUUUAAAUUGACUACAAAGCAGGUCCAGCUCUGUUUCAGAUCUAGAGAGUAGGAAUAAUGUUUGACCUUGGUUGUGAAACUGCAUCUUCUGUCUGGAAGGACCAGAGGGUUUUUACUCAUCUUAAGUUUGCAUUAACCUUUGUAAGAAUGUUACUGUUUUAAGCAAUGGGUGCAUCAAAUUCUGUGUCUCGUUAGAUGAUUAGGGAAAGUUCUCAAAGGUGGUUUCAAAAUCAGAUAUAUAGUCAAAGAUCUUCUGAUGUGCAGCAAUGUGAAUGAAACAAGUCACAAGCAAACAAUAUUGUGAGUAUAUUCUCUCAUCUUGAAAGGGGAAGAAGAGCGUAUCUAAACAGUUA